UCUUUCACACAUUUCCAGCCAUUUUACCCCAAUGAACUUGUGUUGAUUCUGUAGGUAUUUGGUCAUUAGUGCUGAUGGGAGACUUUUAAGAUAAAGCACCUUAGACAAAAACAAAAAGAUGCAUCAGUCUGCAAGAGGAAAUGACCAAAGACUGUGUUCAUUUUAGACCAGUAUUGAACAUCAAAAGAAAGAAAGAAAGAAAGAAAGAAAGAAAGAAAGAAAGACGGAAGGAAGGAGACUAUAUACCAUGACUUUUUCCUGAGAGGGUUUGAUGUCAACAUCAUCAGCUGAAAAGACUGUGAAAGACUUGACGAACAGCAGAAAGAGGAAACAGCCACAAACCAGAGAGAAAACCGAGGCAGAGAAGUGGAUUCUAUAACAAGUACAAUAGACUUAUUACAAAAGAUUAUAAAGAUUCAAAAGUUUAAUUCAAUAGCAGACAAAAGUUUUUGAGAGGAUCAGUGAAGCUUUAGUUCAGUACAGAAUGAAGAAUUUCUUUUCCUUCAUCACCUUCUACCUGAUCUCAGGUUCAGUGCACUGCUUUGAUGUGAUCAGUUAUCCUGGAGGUCGUGUCAUAAUGAACUUCAAAAAUCCACAAAUCACAUCACCUGUGUAUUUUUGCAAAUUUAUAGCAAACACCGAGUGUAAAGAUUUGCUAACAGCUCAGAUCUCAGAGUUAAACAACCUGAUUCAUAAGGACAGAAUUGAUCUGUUUUACACUGGAGGAAUAAUUACACUGAUUUACAUAAACCUGAGUUUACAGGAUACUGGAAUGUAUCAGUUUGGAGACUUGAACUGGAAUCACAACAUUAACCUGACAGUGAACAGUGAUCCAUGUUGUAGUGGGACAAAAGCAGUAACAGGUCAUUUGGGACAGACUCUGAUGAUCAGCUGCUUCUAUCCAGUAGAGUUUGAAACAAACCCCAAGUCCUUCUACAGACUAGAUGGUUUCAGUGGAUCUGAACUGAUCCGUAUCAGUGGAACAGAACAACACCAGGACGGCAGGUUCUCCAUUUCUGACGACAGGAAGAAUAAAGUUUUCAGUGUGAACAUCCCUGAUUUGAGAAAAGAUGAUGGAGGACUUUAUUCCUGCGCAUUUACUGAAGACAUGAGUUCAUUCGGUUAUCUGUCGCUCUUCCCAGAAAUUCAGCUCCAAGUUAUUGAAGUAACAAAAGACCCAACAGAGAAUCCAGAUGUCACAUCAUACACACCUAAGUCUGGAGGAUCCACAUUCAUCAUCAACAUCAUCAUCAUCAUCAUCAUCACUGUGUGUGUCUUUGUGCUGCUGAUUGGAGGAUUUGUACUCGGCUACAAGUUGAGACACAGAACACAAGAUUCUGCCCCUUUAAGCCAGAGAACAGAAACAAAUAACACAGCUGCUGAUUAUGGAAACAAUCUUCUUCAGAUUCAGAACAAUAUGAUGUCUCCGGUCUACCAAAGCCUAAUUCCCAAUACAAACCAAUCAGAUUCAGUCUACCAAAGCCUAACUCCAAGCACUAACCAAUCAGAUUCAGUCUACCAGAGUUUAGAGGGUAACACAACCAAUAAGAUUCAGUCUACCGGAUUCUAGACGUCAACACCAACUAACGCCAAUCAGUCAGAUUCAUUUUUCUGGAGCUUAACUCUCAAAACAUGUUAAAUGAAAGCAAUGUAAAACUUUGUAUCCUGUUAUCAUCUAAACCUGUAAAUGCAUUCUGCACAUGUCCAGACACUGGGAUGUGAUUUUAUUUUUUUUCUAAUCUUGUGCAUUUAUUCUCAACUAUGUUUUAUUUUUUCUAUUUAAACUUGGCAUUGUGUACUUUUUCUGCUUUAUCAAUCAGCAAUGUUGUUCAUGGGAAAAAUUCUUAACGUAGAUUUUUAUAUUCAGCUAUUUGUUUUCUUUAACCAGUCAGAACAGUAAUAUGAUUUCAGCUGAAUUUUAUUGCAGACCGUCUCCCACUGGUCAUUUCCCAACAUCCCCACUAGUUAUCUCUUCUCAUCACACACUUGCAUGUGAUUUCUCCAAGACACAUGAAGACACUGCACUUUUCCAUCUUCUGUUCAUGCUACAUCACGGGGCAGAUGAACAUCUCUUACUCAUACGUGAGCUCAAAGAACCACACAAUUGGUCAAUGUUACUCUGAAUUUCAGGGGAAGUAACACCAUCCCUCCCACUCAGACAGCACAGCCACUUCUCUCAAAUUUCCAACCACUGAUGGCUGUGACAUCAUCAAAAUUGAUGUCAGAAAUAAACGUCAGAUUUCUCAGUAGAAUUGUUUUUACUGAGCAACGCUGAGCAUUAACUAACUAAGCAUGUUUGUAUAUAAAGCCUGACUAACAUAAUAGUGGCAUUUUUUUUAUCAUGUAUAAUUGUGAGAAUAAUUGCAUACAACAAUCUUUUCUGGUAAUGUUGCAGACUGUUUCACACACACACACACACACAUACACACACAUACAUCCCCCCCCCCCCCUCAACACACGGACACACUCUUGUCCCUACCAUAAUUAGCCUUACCACAGGUGGCCCUGCCAUAAGCAUUCUUUUUGUUACCAACUAUAGGAACUAAGGGAAGUAUAGGUUUAUAUCCCUAUAAGAUCUGACUUCAUUGGGACAACUGAGAGGUUACUUAAACAUAGAUGCACACACAUACCAACACACACUCACUACACCCUCCCUCUUCUUGUACGACUAUAUA